GGGCUCCUUGCUGAUUGGCUGGCCGGAGAGGCGGCCGCUGGGACCUGCUCGGCGGCCGCGCUGCUUCUUGUCGGGCCCUUCGGCCUUGAUCUUUCGGCUGCGAUCUCUCUGUGGUGCUGGCCACGACAUGUGGCGCCUGGCGGGGCUCCUGGGGCGAGCUCUUCCCCGCCUGCUGGGACCUGGCUUCCGGGAGAUAACACCCAGGCCCACCAGUUCAGAUGGGCCUCAGACAGUCUUCGCUACCCCGCUGCUUUCUAGACCCAGCCUUGACAGGUCAGCCUCUUAUGGUCCAAGGAGGAACAGAGACCCAAACACUCUGCAGGAUGCCAUCUCAUGGGGCACCCUGGCCGUGCUGGCCCUACACCUGGCGAGGCAGAUCCACUUCCAUGCUCCCCUGGUAGCGGGACCUCAGCCGGCUGAACGCUGCUCUUGGCAGAGUCCCCUGGGCCGCUUCCUCUCCUCUCCCUGGCGGCACCCACACUCCUCACUCCGGAGGCACGUUCUUCCCAGGCCUGACUGCCCCGCCCCCACGUACACUGGCCUCGGGGAACCAAGGCUGCGCCAAGAAGAACCCUCAGCUCAGCCACAGAGCUGCCCUUCAGACAACUCCCUGAGAGCUGACCCUCUGAAGCUACCUAAAGAAGAGCCCGGUGACUUUGAAUUCCUGCGUAGCAGCGGGGACUUCACAUCCCAGGCAAAGGCAACCGAGACCUGCCUCCUUGGAGAAGAAAAUGAGCAAGACAAGCCCCAGGCUCUUCCCCUGGAGGAGGCUGUGACUUCCGUCCAGCAACUCUUUGAGCUCAGUGUUGCCAUCGCUUUCAACUUCCUAGGGACAGAGAACAUGAAGACAGGGGACAACACAGCAGCCUUCUCUUACUUCCAGAAAGCCGCAGACCGGGGCUACAGCAAAGCGCAGUACAAUGUGGGCUUGUGUCUGGAGUAUGGCAGAGGCACCCCUAGGGACCUCAGCAAGGCUAUCCUCUUUUACAAUCUGGCAGCCAUCCAAGGCCACAGCCUGGCUCAGUACCGCUAUGCCCGGUGCCUGUUGCAAAGUUCAGACUCUUUGUCAGGCCCUGAGUGGCAGGGGGCAGUGUCUAUGCUGACGCAGGCUGCAGACUCCGGCUUGAGAGAGGCCCAAGCUUUCCUUGGGGUGCUUUUUACCAAGGAGCCACACCUGGAUGAGCAGAGAGCCGUGAAAUACCUUUGGCUAGCAGCCAAGAAUGGGGACUCUCAGAGCACAUUCCACCUGGGAAUCUGCUACGAGAGGGGUCUUGGUGUUCAGAGAAAUCUGGGCGAGGCUGUCAAGUGCUACCAGCAGUCAGCAGCUGUCGGGAAUGAACUGGCCCGGGAGAGGCUUCGAACCCUCUUUAACGUGGAAGCAGCAGCCCCAGGGCCCAGCGGCCUGACCAUGACAGGACUGAAGUCUUUCUCCAGUCCCUCCCUCUGUAGCCUGAACAGCCUGCUGACAGGUGCCUCGGGCCUCCCUCAUGCCUCCAGCACGGGGAACCUUGGCCUCCUCUGCAGAAGGGGCCGUCUUGGAGCUAGCCGUGGAGCCCCCAGCAGGCCUAUUCCAUCCUUGGAGAUGAGUCUCGUGAGACUGGGUUUCGGCUAAGAUCUCCUCCACCUUAACUAUGGAGCCUGAGAGAGAGUUCUCAGAAAUAUCACAACUUGAUUCCCAAAGAAGAGCCCGUUAGCUGCUCACCUUCCUGGAAUCCUUCAGCACCUCCCCGGCACAUAAAGGAGAGGAGCGCUGUAAUGGCCUCAGUUCUGGCCUGGCUGUGUCACCUAGAAGCAGUGACCUGAUUUUCUAACACUCUUUUCUCAAUCGUAGACCAAGGACAGUAGCUUGUGUCCUCCUGCCUUAAAGGACUGAGGCGUAGCCGUUUUGCUGUAGAAAGUACCUUAGUCCUUGCUUAGGUUCCCGAAGGGAGAGUGAUUGAUAACCUCAGUUCUAUGGCCUUAAGAGUUACCAGCUGCCAUGUGUGGUGUGCACGCCUUUAAUCUCAGCACUUAGGAGGCAGUGACGGGGGAUCUCUGUGAGUUCAAGGCCAACCUGGUCUCCAAAGUGAAUUCCAGGACAGCCAAGGCUACAUAAAGAAGCCCAGUCUCAAAAAACAGAAACAAAAAAGAGACCUGAAUGAGGAUCAAAGCUGACAUCACAACUCCAGCCAAGAUUGCUGGUCUGCCAGUCCACACUGCAGCAUCAUUUGAAAACAUUGUCAUCACGCUGCAGGUGUGGAGUGUCGGUAUGGAGUCAGAGAGUAGAGACCAUGAGUCCUUUUGAGGAAAGGUCAGGUAGGAAUGUAUGAGUGUUUAAUAAAACAGAUGGUGGGUUAUCUCCUCACUCUUGCCCUGGGGAGAGCCAGGAAGAUGGGCAGGGGAGCUGGAAGCUGAGACUCCAUCCUCAUCUCUAAACUCUCCAUUAACCAAUUUAAAGGGUCUGAAAAGCUCUCCAAGAGCGAGACUUAGGAAAAAAAUGACUUCUGAGUCAACGCUAAUGACUCCAAUUACUGAAUUUGUGAAUAGCUGUUCCCUGGCUUCUGGAAAUUAGCCCAAGUUCAAUAGCAGACAUGUGGCUGUGGGUAUGGGGUGGGAGGAAGGGAGGACCAGCCCUCCCCCACCCCACCCCAGGAUGAUUUCCUCACCCAGCCAGCAUGGUCAGUUCAAAGAUGGGAGGGAUAGGUGCGUACUCUGUCUUCUGCUGCCCACCCUACUCUGCUAACAUCUGUGGUCUCAGCUAUGCAGUUCUAGCGCCUUCCUUACCCUGAAGCCCCAGUGCCUCCCCUGCUCCCCGCUCCCUUCCCAGAUUUGCCAUACAUGCCAUCCUCAGGAGGCCCUAUUGGAUACCUUGUAUGACAGCUUCCACAGACUAUGCUCCUGAGACAUGUUCUAGUACCUACAGCAGAGUCCCAAGCAAGGUGAGGGUUCCAUGUUCCGAGUCUGAAGCCUUGCAGUACAUACACUAACCGCGAUGCAGAAAUAAACAAAUGCGAAAGGU